CACACGAGCAGCUGAGAGCGCCUCUGCACAGAUCUGCUCUCACACCCAUUUAACGGGAUAUUCUCCGUUAUUUAAAGCCACACUGACUUAUAUUCAGCUUUUCUUCAACAUGUCCGAGCCUCUAGAGCUCAAAAUGUCCCUGGAGUUUUCACUGAAUCAGAUUUUUAAAGCGACUGUUAGCGACAUAAUGGAGUCAGUGGACAGGACGCUCUGCGAGUAUCAGGGGAAAAUACAGAGGAUCGAGUGUGAAAACGAAGGCCUCAAGCGGCUUUUGUUUGCUCAAAAUUGUGCUGAGACGGCCCCAGCAGUAGUUUUUACAGAUACUCCAGAUGACAAAAGAAAAGAAGCUACUGAGCAAAGUGUGGUGUUGGAUUAUGUCCCUGGACAGUCCACGUUCAAAAUGUCCAUUUGCAGCAGUGACAAGAAGAGCAGAAGGAAACAAAAAGCCACAGUGAGAGAGAGCCACUCGCUGCUGUUCAAUUCACAUCCAACAAACGACACAAUUAGGGAAAAAUGUCCAAGCCCACCGGUGUUAAGUAUUUCAAACCAAACAGGAAAACUCAAGGCAGACUCAGGUUCAGACCAAACAGGAGCAGUUGAUCUCUCAUAUUCUUCAUCGUCAUUUAUGAAGCCCAUUAAAAAAGAGAGAGUUGAGGACAGAUAUAGAGCUGUAGACUCAUACACACCUCUGCAAGUGAAAGAGGAGCCAGUCAGCGAUCACAGUGAAGCUGAUCUCAAUGAAAGUGGUGACUCUAGUUUGGCAACUACAAACAAUGACUCUCUGAUAAAAGCAGAAAUAAACCCACAUGAUGCUGAUGCAGAUCAACUCCAGGACUCAGACGCAGAAACAGAGCCUGGACUCAGUAAAGAGUUUAUGCCAUUGGAAGAGGAACCAGAGGAGGGGGGAGAUUCUGAAGACUUUUUGGACAUGCGGGACAAUUUUUUACGUUGUCCAAUUUGUCCUGAAACUUUCAGUCGCGCAGCUUUGCUCAACGUGCACUUGAAGGUACACAAAGGUGAGAAGAUCCACGGCUGCUCCUACUGCGGAAAGAGAUUUAGUCGUGCUGAGGUUCUGAAAGCCCACAAGCGGACUCACACUGGAGAGCGGCCCUACAGCUGUAACCUGUGCAGUAAAACCUAUGCCCACCCCAGCCAGCUGAGGGUGCACAAGCGCCUGCACACAGGUGAGAAGCCUUACACAUGCUCCUUCUGUGACAGAAGCUUCACAGAGCACAACCAGCUCAAAGUGCAUGUCAGGACUCACACUGGAGAGCGGCCUUACGCCUGUAAAGACUGUGGCAAAACCUUUAGUAAUGCAGGCAACCUGCGCAUCCACGAGAGGAUCCACACAGGAGAGAAGCCCUACUGCUGUGCCCAGUGUGGGAAGAGAUUCAACGGCCUGGGCGACCUCAAGACUCACUACAGGAUCCACACGGGGGAGCGACCUUACACCUGUGAGCUGUGCAAAAAGACCUUCAGCCAGACCGGCCACCUCACCAUACACAUGAGAAUGCACACAGGAGAGCGCCCGUACAGCUGCAAUGAGUGCGGGAAGAGAUUCACUGUGGCCAGCAGUCUGAAGCUGCACCUGAGGACUCACACAGGAGAGAAGGAGUACUCCUGCUCCUUCUGCACCAAGAGAUUCAGUCGAGCUGGACACCUCAAGAGACAUGAGCUGGUCCACACCAAAGAGAGAGUGUACCUCUGCAGCCACUGUGGGAAGACCUACACUGACCAGUCCUCACUGAGAAAGCACCAGAAACUGCACGAAGCCCAGGGACAGACUUCAGAGGGGACCAGCUGUGGGACUGAACCAAACAGUGUCGCACUGGACUGAAAACAAGAAAAUACGAGACUAAAAAGCUUUCAAAGAGGAAGUAGUUCUGUGUAAUCAUCAUAUAUCAGCUUUAACCACAGAUGUGUGGUGUGUUAAUGUGACUUGAUCUUGAUUUGUGGAAUUUAGGAUUGUUAAACAAAUUAUAUAACUAACUUAACAUGCUUUUCUUAACUCGUUUACUGAUAGUGUUGGUGACACAUCAAAGGACCUAUAGUGAAAUAUGAUUGUAUGUAUUUUUGCUGUCAAAAAAUACUGGACUUGUACUGUACCUGCUCAGAGACUCAGAAUGAUGUUUGUGAUGUGAUACAGUGAAUCACACUGUAGACUCUGCAUAAAGUCACUUAGUUGGAAAUAUUGAUCACAUUGUUCUCCUGAACAUAUAAUGUUGUUUGGUCUUAAAUGUUACUUUAGGUAUAAUGGGCCCUAAAAGCAGCAUAGGCUGGUUCUCAAAUUGGGGUCAGGGGACCCAGAGGGUCCUCCACAAAUAGCGAUAACAUUGAUCCUUUUUUAAAUACUAGAAUUUCUCGUGAUAUACAAUCCCAAACAUAUAUUGUUCUUGAUGGGAACAACUACAUUGGUAAAAUGAAGACUAUGACAAAUUAAUCAGGUUUCACACUUGGUUUAAACCUGGAGGAUCAGUGUUGUUUCAUAUUUUCAUACAAGGGACCCCUCCCGGCCCCUAUGGGGCACUGAAGUUUAACUGCAGGGAGUGGACGUCCCAGGUAUAAAGAGGGCAGGGCAUUAGUGUCCAAAUAUACAAAGGCCUAUGACCUUUGACCCCAUCAUUAGAGGUUCAGUGUGUUUUUGUGGCAAAGGUGAGUUAAAUAAAUACAUUUGAACUGUU